AUAACUUUUCGAGUGGAAAUAUUUCCAUAUAAAAUUUUUAUGCGUGAUGAUAGAAAUUUUCUCUUUUCUUAUAUAUUUAUCUAUGGAGUCAAUUACGGUUGUUUAUUAAGAGAACUCUCUCCCUUGACCCUGAAAGAAGGCAUCCAUCACGUUCUGCUUGGUUGCUUAUUUAUAUUCCCUGCCUAGCAACGGUAAGCAGAAAUACAGGUGCUCACAGAGAGAGAAAAAAAUGAGGAGCAUGAAAGGAGAGGUGUUGCUGAAGCUGCCUGCCGAGAAAGCAUGGGAGAUGUACAGAGACAACGAUGUGGUCAGUAAAAUAAAUCCUGAGCUGCUUUCUCGAGCUGAAUAUGUUCAAGGAGAUGGUGGCCCUGGAACUCUCAGGCUUUUCAAGCUUGGCCCUGCUGUGAGAAGCUACGUGGAAGAAUCGGUGGAGAAGAUAGAGAAGGUAGAGACAGGUAGAUCAGUGAGCUACGAUGUGGUGGGAGGAGAGCUAAGGAAGAUGUAUAAUCCAUACAAAGUGACAUUCACAUUUACUCCGGUGGAAGGAAAAGAGAAGGAAAUGUGCAUUGCUCAAUGGGAAGCUGAGUACGAGCCAAUCACUCCGGCCAUCCCUCCACCGGACAAAGCAAGGGAUGCUGCUUUGCAAUUUCUCCAAUGCUUUGACAAGUUUCAGCUCAGCUACUAAGAAGUAAGACCCCCACCUUCAAUAUUUGAGUGUAUCAAAAUAACUAUGGAGAGGAGAACAGUCUACAAUC